AUGUACGUUUGCAGCUCCUGUGAUUACCAACACGACAUGGCUUCCCGCAUGCGGAAACAUCUGAUAGUCCACUCUACCGUGAAGUCGUACCAGUGCAACAAGUGCCCUAUGAAAACAAAACACAAGGAUUAUUUGCGAGAACACGUCAAAAACGUCCAUAGAGACCCUGAAACUGCCCAAAUUUUUGCUUGUGAAAUGUGCGAUUUCAAAACGCACCGGGACACUUUACUACGGAGGCACAUGAUUACCCAUACAAUUGUUGGUAACCAGAAGAAGAAAGUGGAAAUGUACAAGUGCGAGAUUUGCAAUUUCCAAGCGAAGAAGAAAUUUGUCGUCCAAAGUCACGUUAAUAUCCAUAGACCACCAUCCGAAAGGAAUGUUUACAAAUGCGAAUUGUGUCCUUACACAUCCAAAUUCAAAGGAGGCGUUGUAAAUCACAUGACUGUGCACAAGAAACCGUCGGAAACCACCAUGUACGAAUGCGAGGUUUGUCCUUACAAGGCAAAAUGGUCGCACUGUUUGCGCAACCAUCUCAAAACUCACAAGAAGAAAGAAGUUCCUGUUCACAAGUGUGAACAUUGCAACUUCAAAGCGAACAACAAAUACAGCGUUACUACCCAUCAGAAAUCUACUCACAAGGAGCUUUUCGAGAAACCAAAGAAGGAAUACAAAUGCGACCUCUGUGAUUACACGGGGAAAUGCACUAGCAAUAUUACUAAACACAGAAUUAUUCACCAGACAAUUUCAAAAGCGGAACUGUUCACUUGUGCUAUAUGUGGCUCACAGAUGAAGAGAAAAAAAUCUUUGAAGUAUCAUAUCCUCACUUUGCACGGUUUUUUAGAAAAAAACAUGGUUUCGACUUAGCUAGUUUCUGCCAUUAUUCGAAAAGUGUUAUGGUUAUCACACUGUAUCAUUCGUUACAUAUAUUUCGACUCAAAUGAUAAUAAUAAUAAUAAUGAACGCUUUUAUUGAUAGACAGAAAGAACAAAAAAUAAGUCUUAUCAAAUGGCAAAGUUAGCUCUUGAACGUUUCCACAAGAAAGGAACGAGAAAGUGCUUUCUUCCACUCAACAAUCUCAUUUUUUGCGUCUCUAAUUCAGAGGUAGUGUAUAUACACAUUUCCCAGGAACAUAAAUGAUCUGAAUAUGCUCGAAGAAUCAAAUAUUUGAUGAAAACUAACUAAACUUCGUUCGACAGAAGUAUGCCGUUGCUAGAGCUCAUCGCUUUUCUAUGCCAAAAUAUUGAACUGGACUGCCAAAUGCCAUCAACUUGUACAAAAACUUUCACC